UGGUUGGUAAGGAAAAUAUAUUCGAUCUGAGCAAAAUGACUUUGAACGACGUCAAGUUUUCGUGUGAUGUUUUCGACCAGGCUGGGUAUUACCAGGCGAUACUCCGGUCAUCUUACGAUCCAACUGGCUAUAUUGCAAAAAGUGGCCGCAUGAGCGUGAAGUGGUCGAAUCGGAUGUUUGGAUUGGAAGCCAUGACCGGAAGUAUCUUUCCAUGUAGACGCGUAUUCCAGAUGCAGUACAAACACCCGCCGUGUCCAGGAAGAAGAGACAAGAUGAGAAUGUAUAAAAUAAAGCAGGAGGCAGUGGCAUCAGUUGCGUCGCCGCGGAAGUUGGAGUACAUCAUAGAGAAGAAUGUGGAUGCGACAGGGCGGACCGGCAUCCUGGAGUACAAGUGUGAUCUCUUCGAGCAGGGGGUGGCGGCGUAUUGCUUCAGAUAUGUAAGCGUCUCAAAGACAGGGGGAGUCCAAGACCAGGACACAAUCUGCGUCCCUUCCAAGGAAGAUAUAGUGAUCAAUGGAGGUUGGAGCUACUGGUCUUCCUGGACGGUGUGCAGCAGCAACAACGGACUGUGCGGAACGGGGAAGCAAAGCCGUUACAGAUUAUGCGAUAGCCCGCCACCCUCUGGAGGUGGCAGGUUCUGCUCCCUGUCAGGGGAGACGCUGAUGUGGCAGGAUUGUUCUGUCCCUUGCAGAGAUGAUACAAAUGACGGCCAGAAUGACACGAUCCUGACGACUAUAGCGCCCAUGAACCCAAAUUGCCGCUGCGGAUGCAAUUUGACCUCUUCCCAGGCAAUCUUCGAGUCCAGCGGCCACUGCCCGCCAUUAAGUACCUGGUUAAUCAGCGUUAAAAAUGGCCGCCGCGUCGUCCUUGAGUUUGACCUCUUCGACAUUGACCCUGACCUUCAACAGUUCGUUGUUCGCGAUGGCGUCAGCGACCAUCGAAGCAUUUUAGUUAGGAGCACGGGCAACGACCGUCCGGGUGUUGCGAUAUCAUCAAAAAAUAUCUUACAGGUGGUACUGAAAACCCUCGAAAAAGGCUUGGUAAUGGGAAGAGGGUUCAAGGCGACGUACAGAACUAUUGCUGACAACGCCACAGCUAAUGAAUCGCCUUACGUGAAUCCUGUGGAAACCACAACCGUCGACUGGCAAACUCCCUUAGUCGUCAUUGGUACUCUCAUCUGUGUCAUCGUGGUGGCCUGUGGCGUGGUGUACGUCUUUUACUACAGGCGGCUGCGUAAAGAGGGUAAACUGUACUAUCCUACUGCUCACAGCAAGGGUGAGAUUGUUGAGAGCACGAGUUUGCAAAGCGCCGACGGAGCUGAGGCGGCGACUUUCGCGGUGGCGGUGGUGACGGCGGACGGUGGCGAGGAAUGCCCAGGAGUUUCGACUCCGAGAGAUGGCGAUACAAAGGUAGAUAGGUUAAGUAAGAAAGGUAGGAAAGUGGAUAAGGUACGGAAUGUUGCUGGAGGCGAUGACGACGAUGACGAGGAAGCGGCUGAGAGGCGGCGUCGUCGGAAACAAAGGCGAAGAGAGCGGAAGAGUAAGAUUAUAGAGGAGGAGGACGAGCAACCUGCUGGUAGUCCUUCUCUUCAUCCUCUCCUGGGUGAGCGAAACCGGCCUACCCUUAUCAAUGACACUGCUUUCAUUGAGGAUAACCCAGAUAAAUCAACGAUUAAGCGCGCGGCGGCGAAACGUGGGUCUGUAGACCAGUUAGAGACGGAUAAAACGGAUUUACUGCAAGAAAAACGUGUGAAAGGUUCCCCUAGUAUGUCGCCAAAGUCACAACGAAGUAUGAGUAGAUCAUUAAAAUCACUCCGAAGUCUAAGCCAAUCUACAAAAUCGCUUCGCGAUGCUCUUAAACCCCUGUCUUUUAGAUCAUCGCAGCGACCAACUCCGGAUGGACAAAGUCCGGACGCCAGGUCGAUGCGAGACCUGUCACCGACUUCACCAAGUGGCGCCCACGAUUUCACACCGCUGAUGUCUCGUAAGAAACAUUCUAGCAGAUCAAAUUUGUCAAGGGCUAGUAGUAAGACAUCAGGAUUCUCCGUGGCGUUUGAUGGGUUUGAGUUCGAUGAUACUAUUCAUUAUGAGCCUGGUUCCUUCUUUCAAUCUGACGAUCUCUUCCUUGACACGUGUGAGUUAGACUGGCAGGGCGGCACCGUGAAGCAAACGAGCGGGGAGGCUGAUCCAGCCGCACAAGCCGCCUUAGAUGAAAAAUUAAAAGCAUUCCAGAUGGAUUUAUAGGACUGGUUUGUUGGCGAGGAAUCAAACUCAGGGCAAGAAAUAGUAUUGUUUUUGCAUCUUGUCUCACCAGUGAUAAAUGUCAAGUGUCACUUAAGAAGGUUACCAUACAACUACAAUGUACAUGUACAAAUACCUAUAUCGACAACGGUCCAUUGACAACAUAGGCUGACUGGACCAGAGCACAUGUGUUUUUAAGAAGAAUUGCUUCAUCAAUCUUAGAUCGUUCGGCCUAUAUUCGCUUUUGAUUAAGGGAUUGAUACCGAGCAGAGGGUAUUGGUUGUCUCACCUUACACAGGUAAAAACCGUGGCGGCAGCCGACGUUUUGGGAGAAAUCACAGCUCCACCCGAGCGAUGUUUUUAACAAUCUAUUUGUAACAUGUAUUCACUGGUCGUUGUGAUAUAAUACUGUCGCAAAAAUGUUCAUCAAUUUGUGUUUGGCAUUGUGAUAUAUGAUCGUUUGUACAUAGAACAUGGUAAUCCUGCAUGUUUCGAAGUCACCCAUAUUUGGACUUAAUUUUUUCGUCAUAAGUGUAACGUGCACUAAAUUCAGAAUUUAUAGAAUUGAAGAUUAGUGCUAAACUUGUAUUCGUAUAUAACGCUUUUUCAACGUGUUUGAUACAGAUUAUCAAUAUUGACGAAUACCGUUAUUCAAGAUAAGUAAGGUGUCCUAAUAAUGGGCCUGAAAUAGCGCUAAAAAUCCGAAAAACGGAAUUCUUUUUGCAUGUAGAGGUAGACAAGCACGAUUUAUCCUUAGCUAAUAUAAUAUUGGAUGUGCUCUGAAUUUGGGAGUAGUUCUGUGAUCUUGAUUUAUGGUAUAAAUGAAAUAUAUGAUUUGUUCA